AAUUAUUUCUAAAUAUUCAAUCAGACUGAUCGCACGUUCUUGCAAAAUGAUUAAUGGAAAUUUGGUAGUUGCUUGGAUUGCAAAUGUAAUCUUCCUGAUUGCAAACAUGGAGUUUGCCUUUUUAUCCGUCUUUGUGCUGAUUGACUUGAUCAAAGUUGUCAGAAAAAUAUUGAAACUGAAGAAAAUCAAAAAGUGCUCAGCUGUGAACAAUGUACAAUAAACUCUUUUCAGCAUUCA